AUGGCUCCAGUCACAGUGGAGCGCGUUGAGUCGCCUGUCACCAUCAGGGCCUACUUGAUGUGUGCCUUUGCCGCCUUUGCUGGUAUCUUAUUCGGUUACGAUUCUGGUUACAUUAACGGUGUCAUGGGCACUUCCGUAUUCAAACAAGAAUUCGGAAAAUACACUGGCAUCACUGAGAAGAAUCCAAAUGGCUACAGCAUUGCUAGUGGUACUCAAUCGCUGAUCGUUUCCAUUCUCUCUGCCGGUACUUUCUUCGGUGCCCUUUUCGCAGGUGCUCUCGCGGACUGGAUCGGUCGCCGAACCACUAUCAUUACCGGAUGUGGCGUCUUUUCCGUCGGUGUCAUCCUCCAGGUUGCCUCCACCUCCGUACCUCUCAUCGUCGUUGGUCGCUUGAUUGCAGGCGUGGGCGUAGGAUUUGUUAGCGCAGUCAACAUUCUCUACAUGUCUGAGGUUGCUCCACGCAAGGUUCGUGGCGCAAUCGUUAGCUGUUAUCAGUUCGCAAUCACCAUUGGUCUCAUGCUUGCGUCGAUCGUCACCUAUGCUUGCCGCAACUACUCGAAUACCGGCGCCUACAGAAUCCCAAUCGCCAUCCAGUUUGCCUGGGCCAUCAUUCUUGCCGUCGGGUUGUUCCUCCUUCCCGAGUCCCCUCGUUACUACGUCAAGAAGCAACAGCUCGACAGAGCUGCCAAGGCUCUCGGUCGCGUUCGCGGCCAGCCCGCCGAUAGCGCCUACAUCGUUGAUGAGCUCGCUGAAAUCCAAGCCAACUUCGAGUAUGAGAUGUCAGUCGGCCAAGUCAGCUGGAUUGGCAUGUUCUCUGGUGGCAUUACCAACCGCAACUCGAACAUUCGCAAGGUCUUUAUUGGUGUCCUCCUUCAGAUGAUGCAACAGUGGACUGGUGUCAACUUCAUUUUCUACUUCUCGACCACUUUCUUCGAGUCCAUCGGUAUCGACAAUGCCUUCCUCAUUUCCAUGAUCACCACCAUUGUCAACGUUUGCUCUACUCCUCUGUCUUUCUGGACCAUUGAGCGCUUCGGUCGUCGUCCCCUCCUGAUCUACGGCGCCAUUGGUAUGUGUGUCUGCGAGUGGAUCGUUGGUAUCACUGGUACCGCUGAUGCCGGCUCUCGCGCAUCUCAGAUCGUUCUCAUCCUCUUCACCUGCAUCUACAUCUUCUUCUUCGCUUCUACCUGGGGUCCAACAGCUUGGGUCUCAAUCGGAGAGAUCUUCCCUCUUCCCAUCCGUUCCAAAGGUGUUGCCAUGUCUACUGCCUCUAACUGGUUCUGGAACUGCAUCAUUGCUGUCAUCACUCCUUACCUUGUCGGAGAGAAUGAAGCCAACCUCGGCCCUAAGGUCUUCUUCCUCUGGGGCUCCACUUGCGCAGUCUGUAUCGUCUUCGCUUACUUCUUCGUGCCUGAGACCAAGGGAUUGUCUCUUGAACAAGUUGACAAGAUGAUGUCUGAGGUCUCUGCACGUAAUUCGGCAGGUUGGGUCCCACAUGACACCUUCACUCAGGAAAUGGGCAAGGACUCCUCUGCCAUCGAGGAGAUUGUUCAUGAGUCCAAGGUGUAA